AUGUCGUCAACUAUUCUUCUGGCUUCUAGGCGUUUAACGCCGCUUUUGAGGACAUCGCAGAACUUCCCUUUAUUACGGUACUAUUUAAAAACGGAUACCGGUGCAACGCAAAAUACUUCCGGGAGAAAAAUCAAGAAACUUAUGGUUGCUAAUCGAGGUGAAAUCGCGAUCCGUAUUUUCCGUGCAUGCACUGAAAUGAAUAUUCGAACUGUGGCUAUUUAUAGUGAGCAAGAUAAAAUGCAGAUGCAUCGUCAAAAAGCUGAUGAAUCAUACUUGAUUGGGAAAAGUUUACCACCAGUAGCUGCUUAUCUUAAUAUUCCAGAAAUCAUACAGCUAGCUCUAAGACAUAAUGUAGAAGCUAUUCAUCCUGGUUAUGGAUUUCUUAGUGAACGAUCGGAAUUCGCACAAGCUUGCACUGAUGCUGGCAUUAUAUUUAUUGGACCACCGGCUAAUGUUGUAAAACGUAUGGGUGAUAAAGUCGAAGCUCGACAAGCUGCUAUUAAUGCAAAUGUUUCAGUUGUUCCUGGAAGUCCUGGACCGAUUACUUCUUCUGAAGAAGCUAUGGAAUUCUGUAAACAGUAUGGAUUACCAGUUAUACUCAAAGCAGCUUAUGGUGGCGGUGGUCGUGGUAUGCGUGUAGUUCGAAGACUUGAAGAUAUAAAACAAAAUUUUGAAUUAGCCUCAUCAGAAGCGUUGGCAGCUUUUGGAAAUGGUGCAAUGUUCAUUGAGAAAUUUAUUGAACGACCUAGACAUAUCGAAGUCCAGAUUUUAGGUGACAAAUAUGGGAAUGUUGUACAUUUGUAUGAAAGAGAUUGUUCUGUUCAACGUAGACAUCAAAAAUUAGUCGAAAUUGCACCGGCACCUAGUCUAGAUCCAACUGUCCGUAAAUCAUUAUUAAACGAUGCGGUACGAUUGGCUUCUUCUGUUGAUUAUGAAAAUGCUGGUACAGUUGAAUUUCUAUAUGAUCAAACAACUGGACAUUAUUAUUUCAUUGAAGUCAAUGCUCGUCUUCAAGUUGAACAUACUGUUACUGAAGAAAUUACAGGUGUAGAUCUUGUUCGAUCACAAAUUCGUCUAGCUGAAGGUCGUUCAUUAAGUGAUCUUAAUUUAUGUCAAGAUAAAAUUGAACCACAUGGUUUUGCUAUACAAUGUCGUAUUACUACUGAAGAUCCAGCAAAACAAUUUCAACCUGAUUCUGGACGUAUUGAAGUAUUUCAAAGUGGUGAAGGAAUGGGUAUUCGUGUAGAUUCAGCUUCAGCUUUUGCUGGUGCAAUUAUUUCUCCGUAUUAUGAUUCAUUAUUGGUUAAAAUAAUUGCACGGGCAAGUAAUUUUCGUUUAGCUGCCAAGAAAAUGUUACGUUCAUUGGCGGAAUUUCGUAUACAUGGUGUUAAAACAAACAUUCCAUUUCUUAUGAAUGUAAUUAAACAUGAACAAUUUUUAUCUGGCAUUGUCGAUACUAAUUUUAUUGAUGAACAUCCUGAUCUGUUUGAUUUACCUCCAGCUAAACAACGUGCCCAAAAACUAUUACGUUAUAUCGGUAAUACAAUGGUUAAUGGGCCAUCUACUCUUUUGGCUACAAAACUUCCACCAUCUGACAUUGAACCAAAGGUACCAAAAAUUUCUUAUGCUAAUAGUAUUCCACGUGGUUGGCGUAAUAUACUACUAGAAAAUGGACCGGUUGAAUUUUCCAAAGCUAUCAGAUCACAUCCUCAUCUUCUAAUUACUGAUACUACUAUGCGUGAUGCACAUCAAUCACUUUUAGCAACACGAGUACGUACUUUUGAUCUUCUACGUAUUGGACCAUAUUUGGCUUAUCAGAUGCCACAGUUAUUAAGUAUAGAAAAUUGGGGAGGCGCUACAUUCGAUGUCAGCAUGCGUUUCCUUCAUGAAUGUCCUUGGGAACGUUUAGAACAACUUCGCAACGUUAUUCCAAAUAUCCCAUUUCAAAUGCUUCUACGUGGUGCAAAUGCAGUUGGUUAUAAAAACUAUCCUGAUAAUAUAAUAUACAAAUUUUGUGAAGUUGCUGUAAAAAAUGGCAUCGACAUAUUCCGUAUAUUUGAUAGUUUAAAUUACUUGCCAAAUUUACUCAUGGGGAUGGAUGCUGUCGGUACAGCUGGUGGAGUUGUUGAAGGUUCCAUAUGUUAUUCCGGUGAUCUUUCAAAUCCUAAACUUGAUAAAUAUAAUUUAAAAUAUUAUAUGGAUUUAACUGAUCAGUUAGUCAAAGCCGGGACUCAUAUAUUAGGAAUUAAAGAUAUGGCAGGUUUAUUAAAGCCAAAUGCUGCUCGUAUACUUCUGUCAGCCAUACGAGAUCGUUAUCCUGAUAUACCAAUUCAUUUGCAUACACAUGAUACAGCUGGUGCUGGUGUAGCAUGUUUACUGGCAGCUGCCGAAUAUGGUGUUGAUAUUGUCGAUGUUGCUGUGGAUAGUAUGUCUGGUUUAACUAGUCAACCAAGUAUGGGCGCCCUUGUCGCUUGUUUAAAACAUACUGACACUGACACUGGUUUAUCUAGCGAAGAUGUAUCAACUUAUUCAGCUUAUUGGGAACAAACGAGAAGUUUAUAUGCACCAUUUGAAUGUACCACAACUAUGCGUUCAGGUAAUGCCGAUGUGUAUGAAAAUCAAAUACCUGGUGGUCAAUAUACCAAUUUACAGUUUCAGUCUUAUUCACUUGGUUUGGGUGAUCAAUUUGAAAAUGUGAAACGUAAAUAUACUGAAGCUAAUCAACUUUUAGGUGAUAUAAUUAAGGUAACACCAUCAUCAAAAAUAGUGGGAGAUUUAGCUCAAUUUAUGGUUCAAAAUGAUUUAUCAGCUCAACAAGUAUUAGAUCGAGCUGAAGAGUUAUCUUUUCCGUCGUCAGUGAUUGAAUUUUUCAGCGGUGAAAUUGGUUUUCCUUAUGGUGGAUUCCCCGAGCCACUUAGAACAAAGAUUAUGCGAGGUCAAAAGGCUAAAACAGAGCGUGUUGGUUCACAUAUGGAACCGUUUGAUUUUGAUAAAUUAGCUAAACAAUUAAAGGAAAAAUUCAAAAGAGAUUUUGAUGAACGCGAUCUACUGUCAGCAGCUCUAUAUCCUAAGGUAUUUGAUGAAUUUGAAGAGUUCCGUAAAAUCUAUGGUCCCGUAGAUCGUCUACCAACUCGUAUGUUUUUUGUAGGACCUAAGAUUGCUGAAGAAUUCCCAGUCGACUUGGAGACCGGUAAAAUGUUACAUAUUAAAACAUUGGCUGUCGGUGAAUUAACCAAAGCCGGGGAACGUGAAGUAUUCUUCGAAAUGAAUGGCCAACUCAGAUCAAUUUUGAUUAGUGAUAAAGAAGCUACAAAGUCGAUAUCGUUUCAUCCGAAGGCUUUGAAAGGUGUCAAAGGCUCCGUUGGUUCACCAAUGCCUGGUGAAUUAGUAACAAUCAAUGUGAAAGACGGAGAUGUUGUAGAGAAAGGUCAAAAAUUAGCUACAUUGUCAGCUAUGAAAAUGGAAAUGAGCAUAACAGCACCCAUUUCAGGUUGUAUUAAGAAGAUUUACGUUUCCAGUGGAAUGAAAGUAUCUGGUGAUGAUUUAUUAUUCGAUAUAGAAUAAAACUGUUCACUUAUUUCAAUAUACUACCUAUAUUUAGCCUUUAUUCUUUGAUUUUAUAUUUCUAUGUUAUUGUGUGACAAUCACCUAUUAGCAGUCUUUAUAUUUUACUUUGAUUCUAUCGUGCUAUUUAUAUUAAAUUACAACAAAAGCAACAGCUUUAAAAGGAAUAUUUCCUUGAUAUUAUACACAUGAAGAUAGAUGUAAAUCGAAUUACUUUGGGGAGUAUCCCUUGACAAACUGUGU